ACAAAUGUAAAUAUUAAAUAUUAUAAAAAUAAAAUAUUAAAAGAAUAACCUUUUUUUUAUUACCUUGAGAUGAUAGUGCUUGAUUGCACUUUACUCCAGGCCCAAGAGAACCUACUAACUGUAAAAAAGCCACAUCUAUGACUAACCGAUCUACAUAUUUUGGGCCUACAUUGGCUAACUAAUGUGUGCUCCUUACAUUUGUUAGCCGAUAUAGUCUGAAAAUGCUACCGAAUGUCACAUAAAGCAAUGACAGUUGCAUAAAUUGAAAGCUUAAUGUGAAUGUUCAGUGGCCUAUCCGUUCAAACUGUACUAAAAGACUAGACAACAUUAUUUUGGAUACAAUGAUAUGGAUAUUUGACUGAUGGCCAUAAACUCCAAAAGUGUACGUACCUGCAUGGCCGUUGUUUAUACUUUACCUGAUGCGAAAUAAUUACUUACAUGGCAUUUAAUUACCAGGUUCAUAUAAGUACUAUAAUAAUCUUAACUUUCUCGGCUCGUUAUUUUUUUAAAGAAUAUCGAAAUUACGAAAUUCUACUCAUUAAGAAAGAAUAAAAAAUAUAUGCAAGAAAUUAAACCACAACAAGUUGGCUGUAUACGUACGUAUAUGUCAAAAACUAAUAAAAAAAAAAUAUUUCCCGCCAUUCCAUAAACUUAGUACUGUGGAGUUUGCAAUUUUGCGUUUACACGGAAGAUUUUGUAAUAAUUUGGUAAGUAUGGAGGAAACAAAUGAUGUGCAAGCUUUAGAGAAAAUCUCAAGUGAAGUGGAUGAAUCUCAAAUAAAGGUCAUUCUUUCAAGCCAAUGUAUUAAGGCUCAAGCAUUCCUGCUUGAUAAGUUAAAGAAACAAGCGGACCGUCAUAAAGAAACCUGUAACUACAUUAGUAGCGCCAAUAUUAAGCUUGAAGCUGAAAUAAAACAGGCUGAACAGGAGAUAAGCAGCAUGCUAAUUGCUCAAGAAACAAUAAAAUCGGGCAAUGUUGAAAUUAAGAAAGAAUGGUUGAUGGCCAAAAUACGUAGAACUGAGAUUCAGGAGCGCAUUGAUAAUGGAAAAAAGAAAUAUGAAGCUCUGUGGCAAGAAUGCAAAGCUAGGUACGAAAGUAUACCCUUCGUACAAAAAUUACUUUCAGCUGCUAAUAUGGCAGAAGAUCUCAAGAAGGAUAUAGAAGGACUUGACACACAGUUAACAGCUCUUUAUGAAGACCGGAUAGUAAAACGCGAAAUGUGUAAAGAGAUAGACAAGAAACGAGCUAUAGCACUCGCGAAUUUCAUUAUUCAUGAAUUGCCUCGAGUAACAAAAGUUAUAAAAGAAAAAAACAAUUUGAUUAAUGAUAUAAAGAAGGAAAUUGAAGAACUAUCUAAAAAUAAACAAAAGGCGACCGAUGAGACUAUUGCCGAGGUUGUAGAACCACUGAAUCCACUGAUAAAUGAAGAUCAGUCUGAGAAACCAGCCGCAGACGAUAAAUUUGAAGAUGAUCUCGUAUGUUUUAUCUAUUACAUAAAACUUUUAGUAUCUCUUUUCUCUGUUGCUAUGUGUAUUGUUAAAACUUCAUUUCAGAUACCGAAGUUAGAGCUUACGAGUUUUGAUCUGGAUGUCAUAGAUGUCAGUUUAGAGAAGGUAAAGAUAAUGAAAAAUGAGUUGCCUAAAAUGACACCAGUAACAGAUUCCUUUGCUAAUAUGCGAACAAAUAAUAUAGACCAAUAUCGUGAAGAGGGAAAGGCUUAUGAUUGCAUAAUAUCACCAUAUUUUAAAACUUCUAAAGAAAGUAAUUCACACAAUUACUCUAAAAGGAAACUAAUUAAUAUUCUUGAAGACAUUAAUAUAAACAGUAGUGAAGCUUACAAUAUUGUAAAAAAGGUAAAUCCUGAUAAGCUUCAUAAAGUCGAUGAAAUAUCUUCUAAAGAAGUUGAAAGCGCUAAAGAGGUGGACGUAUUGCCCAAAGCGAAGGCAAGCAAGGAUGCACCAUUAGAAAGUGAGGAUAUUGAAGAAGUGAAUAUGUCUAUUACGGAGGAUAUUUUAAUACCACCAACUCAGUUCCUGGACACUUUACUGGGUUCCCAGGAAGAUUUUCCGAAAAAGAGAGUAUCGUUUGAUAUACCCUCGUCAGUACAGAUUAAUGAAAUUAUUGAGGACGCAAACGGUGAGAAUGAAUCUGCGAAUCAGACUGUGAACAGUCAACUGGACGAGAGUGUGGCAAGUGAGGAUAGCUACAUGAAGAUAAAAGACAUGAUACUGAAAAAACAUAACUUGGAUCUAUCCCCACAAUUUGUAUAUGGGAAGAAGGCUACCCACCAAAAGGUAUCUCGGAAUACAUUCGUAUGGGUACAAGUUGGAAAUUAUCGUGAAAAAGAUGUAAUAGUAAUUGUUGAAUGCUUUCAGUUGGAUGACGAUAACAUCGUAACAUCGAAAUUUUUCAAUUGCGAGAAGCAGGAAACAAAAACAGAUGAACCAAAAGAAAAUAAAGUUGAUGAGAUGGAAGUCGACACAAAUAUUCAAGAUGUGGAAGAAAAGCAGGAAGAACGUGAAAAAGUAGAAGCACCAAAAACUCCCGUACCCAAUGAUAAAAUGUUGACUAUGGAAGUUGAUAGUAUAGUGGCUUCUAGUCCUAAGGAAAACAAAGUGCUGACAGUUGAAGUUCCAAAACAUGACAAUCCAGUAUCUGGAUUACUGUUUACACAUGGAACACAGGGCAUUCCAGAUUCCUUAAAUGCAUCUUUGAGCACAACUGGGUAUGAAGAUUUAGACAUUCCACAUUGCAUUGAUUCGAGCCUCCUUCUAUCUCCAAAGGCUGAUGUAUCAUUACAAGGAGAAAAUCCUGAAGUUGUGUCUCAAGAAGUACCUAAUUUUUUGUCAGGAUUUAGGAAGACUGGUUUUUCCUUUUUUGGUGGGCCAUCAACAUCUGAGGCUAAACCAGAUCCUGAUGAACAAAAUGGAAGCAAUAAUAAUUUUAGUUUUAAUUUUGGUGGUGAGAAGAAAAAUAGAGGUGGUUUAUUUAGUUUGUUCCGCUAGUAUUAUUUUGUUGAGUCAUUUAAUAAAACUAUUGCCUUAAUAGGUUA